UGUGAUAACUACACAGUGAAUGAGUAAAAUGUUUUAUUUAACUGUGACUCGCGAUGGUAACCGGCAGGAAAUUUUUACGGCUUAUUUUAAAGCCCCAACCUUUGACGUUGAGGAAGUAUUCCACGGAGGUGCCAGGUUUGUUGGCCGGCAUCAAUGUUUUGGAUCUGACGAGGGUGAUAGCUGGCCCCGUUUGCACUUUGACCCUGGGUGACCUGGGCGCUAAUAUUAUCAAAGUCGAAAGUCUGGACGGCGAUGAAGCAAGGAAAUGGGGUCCGCCAUUCAUAAAAGAUAAUAAAGAUUCGUAUUAUUUCUUGUCUGUGAAUAGAAAUAAAAAGAGUGUGUGUGUUGACUUGAAGAGUCGGGAAGGUAAGAACAUAAUAUACGAUUUGGCAAAGAAAUGUGACGUAGUGGUUGAGAACUAUCUGCCCGGGAAGCUGGAUCAGCUCGAGGUUGGCUACGAGAAACUGAAGACGAUCAAUCCUAAGUUGAUAUAUUGUGCUAUUACAGGGUUCGGACCUACAGGACCCUACGCUAAAAAACCUGGCUACGAUGUUAUAGCAUCAGCUAUGGGCGGCCUUCUAAACGCAACAGGCGAACGGAACGGCAACCCCGUAAAGCCAGGUGUUGCCAUAACAGACGUGACCACAGGCCUCCACGCUUUCGGAGCGGUUAUGACGGCGCUCUACUACCGCCAAGUUACUGGUAGAGGGCAGAAGAUAGACUGCAACCUUCUCUCCACGCAGAUAUCCAGCAUGAUCAAUAUCGCUAAUAUUUACUUGAAUUGCGGCAUCGAAAGCGAACGAUGGGGUACCGCACAUGCGAAUCUAGUCCCGUAUCAAGCGUUUAAAACAAAAGACGGUGAUAUGGUAUUAGGCACAGGGUCGAACGCCCAAUUCGCUGACUUCUGCAAGCGGAUCAACAAAGAAGAACUAAUACAAGACGCCCGUUUUAAAGAUAAUUCGGCACGCGUACAGAAUCGUGAUGCCAUUAUAAAGAUUAUAAGUGAUGUGAUAAAAACAAAGACGAGGAAGGAAUGGUCGAAAAUAUUCAGCGAUGCAUCGUUCCCGAAUGGUCCAGUGAAUACGAUGAAGGAUGUUUUCGAAGAUGAGCACGUGAAAGCUAUAGGGCUGGUGAAGGAGCUGCCGCAUCCUCAAGCAGGGACCGUGAAGGUGGUGGGAGCACCGACAGUUUAUAGUGAGGGUGGUAAUUACGCGAGAACAGCGCCUCCCACUCUUGGGCAGCAUACUAGGGAAAUUCUGUCCAAUUUCCUAGGUUACAAAGAGAGUGAAGUCGAUAAUUUGUAUACCAAAAACGUUGUAAAAUAAUCUUUUUUUAUGAAACAUGCUGU